AUGCAAAACCGACGACGGGCACGGAGUAAACGAUCAACCACUGAAGAAUCAGCUAUUGAAAGUGUCGAUCAAAAUAGAUCGGUUGGUCGACGAGUUAAACCCGUCAAAUCAACCGUACUUGUCAAUUCCGAACUCAAUACUGUAGCUCUCAUCAAUGAUCCAUUUCGAAAAAGUGCAACGAAUAAUGAAACAACCAAACAUUUGAAGGCCGACAAGAAGACCGAAUUUAAAGAAGAACAACAGCGGGUACGACGCGACCGAUUUUCUACUCAAUCGAAUGGUCAGCCCACACAGAAAAGUUAUCGACCACUACAACCUGGUUCACGAUCGGUGAGCAAAUUCAAGGACACAAAUGAACCAUCAUCGCCCAGUAAGGAUUUGAUCAUCGAAAUUCCAGAACGUCUUCUCAAAGGACGGCAAAUGUCACCUCGAUCACGCGAACACAAUUUGAAUAAAGUGGUUAAAAAUAUCCAUAACGUUUUUGAAGAUGCAAAAAAACGAUACAAUGGCAAGAUAUCCACCAAAGUCAUAGUUACAGUGGCCGAUAAUGACGCGCAGACUACUUAA